GCGAAAGCAAGAUGGCCGGAAAUGGACGCUGACGGUUCCAAAUUCAUGAAUAAUUUCCUCCUUCACCGUCUGUCGCAGCAACCCAAAGUUCCCGACACUGAACGCAAUAUGGGUCCCCUCACGCUGAUUAUAGAGGCCUACCAAAAAAAAUCCGGGGGUGGGGCCCUGUCCAUGGUCGACCGAACAGUUCAUCGGGAUGUCCUGCUCCCCACAACCUCAAAGGGUUGGCGCCCCCUCGUUAUUAGUUCGCCCAGUUCGACCUACGAGCUUGCUAUCCAGUUUCAGUGUUCACCGAAUCGCUACGGCCAGGACUGCUCCAGGUACUGUGAGCCUGUUAAAGAUAGGUUCUCCUGCGAUCGACAAGGACGGAAGGUCUGCAUGGCUGGGUGGAGUGGUCAGGACUGCGAAAAACAAUUUCAAGAGUUUUAUUGUUGGCACUUUUUUAAAUGCCCCAGAUGUUCUCGUGGUUGGACUGGAGAGAACUGCGAUGAAUGCGUGAAAUAUCCCGGCUGCCGAAAAGGAGUCUGCGAUGACGCCCCCUUUACGUGUCGCUGUCUACCCAACUGGGGAGGACCGUUCUGUGACCAAGGCAAGACCAUCGUGCAUCAUUUAAACUUACUUUUAGAUCUGGACUACUGCCGGCGACAUAAGCCCUGUCUGCACGGGGGAAUUUGUCAAAAUACCAAUGCUACACAUCCGCAGUUUCGAUGCAUCUGCCCGCGAGGAUACAGAGGAGAAAGAUGCGAGGAGAAACUGGACGCAUGUGCUCUGAAUCCCUGCAAACGCGGAAAGUGCAUUCCCAGUCAUACGCACGGCUUCCGUUGCGUCUGUUCGGCCGGGUGGCGUGGAAAAUACUGUGAUGAAAACAUUGACUUCUGCGACCAGAACAGAUGUAUGAACGGCGGUACUUGCCAGGACUUGGACGGUGAGGGCUUCCACUGCGAGUGUCUGCCGGGUUUCGAGGGCUCUGUGUGCCAAAGACGCUCUGCCUGCAGCGAAUCUCGAUGUGUACACGCAAGAGAAUGCACCCGACUGGCGACUUCCUCUAACGGCAUCAAACACGACUGUGUCUGUCAGGCUGGUUGGACAGGAGAGCUGUGUGACGUUAACAUUGACGACUGCAUCGAUAAGUGUAAAAAUGGCGGAAAAUGUCGGGACCUUGUCGGAGACUAUGUCUGCGAUUGCCCAGAGGGAUUCUCCGGAAGGAACUGUGAAAUAAACCACAAGUGCGACGUCAACCCAUGCAAAAAUGAUGGAGUCUGCGUUGAAACUGACGGCGGAUUUAAAUGCAUUUGCCCUGAAGGUGUCACGGGCAACUUGUGUGAAGUCGCAAAACGGGGCUGUGACCCGAAUCCUUGUCUCAAUAAUGCCUACUGCUACGACAUCUCACCGAACGACUACUACUGCAAAUGCGACGCCAGUUACUACGGACGGCACUGUGAGCAUGCGCGACCUUACUGUGGUCCUUUGGGGUGCACACGCCUUCUCGAUCCUUGUUCACAUUAUCAAGAGGCCCCAGCUGCACUCAUCGCGGAGAUGACUUCGGAGUCUGCCAAUACGUCUGUCCUUCAAAUCCCUGUUUUGCCGGUGACCUUAAAUGCUCAGGAGGCGGUUAUGCCAACAAGUGUCUGUGGAGCGCACGGAAUUUGUGCGAAGAACGACUACGGAUAUGGCUGUGUCUGCGAGACGGGAUAUAUGGGCAAGUACUGCGAAGAAGUGAAGGACGAGUGCCUCAAUUCGCCCUGUCUAAAUGGAGCCACCUGCGUGAACGCGGGAGGCACCUUCCAUUGUCUCUGCAGGGAGGGCUUUACUGGCCAAUUCUGCGAAUUCGGUGAGCCAGUAGCCUUUUUAAUGGGUGGCCCUGCGACAAAUCCCAACCGUAUUCCUUUGUCUACCUUUCCUCACUAUGCGUCCUACGUCAAACCCUGUCGCAAUAAGGGCAUCUGUGUCCCAGACGCGCACAAUCCUGCCGGCUACUACUGUAAAUGUCCCUUUGGAUGGACUGGUGCAAACUGCGAGCGACGGGAUUCGCAACCACAGGUUUGCGCAAACAACAGUGUCUGUGGAAAUGGAGGCACGUGCGUGGAGAUAAAUGGGAACGCACAUUGUUUCUGCAGACCCGGAUUUGAUGGAGCUCACUGUGAAGUAAAUAUCGAUGAGUGCGCCUCCAAUCCCUGUUUGAAUGGAGGCACAUGUCAUGAUCUGGUGAAUGGCUUCAGAUGUGAAUGUCAGAACGGCUUUAUGGGACCAGACUGUGCCUUCAAUAUAGACGACUGCGCAACCCACCCUUGCGCUUACGGAGCGACCUGUGUUGACAAAAUUGGUGGAUAUGAGUGCGUCUGCCCGGAAGGCAGGAUGGGGAAGCAUUGCGAAGAGGUCAGCAGCCCCUCUGUACCCAAACCGCCGUCCUGCCGAUUUAACCAUCGUAUCUACGAUCACGGGCAAAAGUGGAACUAUGACUGUCAUCGAUGUGAGUGUGUGAAAGGAGAAAUCGUUUGCAAGCAGGUGAGAUGUUCCUCAACUUUCGAACUGACUGCCGCGACUUAG